CAUUUUCAACUUGAAAUUUAUGCUUAAUGGUUUAAUGGUCAAUCACUCGUCGUCGUUGGACUCGUAUCGGUAUCGUUUCAACUGUCAACGGCUCUCUGCGAUAUAGUACAUAGCUCGAAAGCCGGCUAUAACGAAGAGUUGAAGUGGUGGUCGUGUUUUUUUUUCAGUCGAUAAAAGUUCUCCUAGAGUGUAAAUUUUUUCGCUAAUUUUUUUCUUUUUCGCGGAGAAAAAUUAAGAAGUUCGGAUGAAAAAAGUACAUUAUUGGGUGGUUUUAAGGUGUCGUUUUAAAAUGGUUUUCGUCAAGGUGUUGGUUAAGCGGCUGUGUCGCGUUUAUAAGAUUACCCAUAAGUAUUGUUAUCGCUGCAUCGAUACGCAAGAUAUUGACGGCGACGAGCAGUACUCGGAUAGGAAACUUAUGAUUCAUCAUGAAGUGGUCGCAACUGCUUUGCCAAAGAUUCCUAAAAGGUAUUUGCAUGUGGGAUUCAUUGUUCGAAAACGAAGCCAGCAGAGAUAUGGAAUUCGUAGUCGGGCCCGAAUGGGACCAAUGGAGGUUCCCGGCUCAUCAAGCUGUUAUGUGUAACAAUGAGGUCUUCAGAGCCAUGCUGGAAGGCCCAUUGGCCAAUGACGAGAAAACCAUCGUUAUCGAAGACGUAGACGGAAGAGCAUUUAAUCUUCUUUUGAGAUACAUGUACGGUCAAAAAGUGGAAUUCAGAACAUACGAUCAAGCUUUAGCCACCAUUUACGCAGCUAACAAAUACCUGUGCCCCGAAUUAGUGAAAACCUGCGUCAUUUAUCUGGAUAAAGAAAUCAAUAACGAAACUGUCAUAUUCAUCUAUCGUCAAUUACGGUUAUUCUCAUCCACCUUUGAUAAUUUACCAUCGGAUAAGCCUUUCGAUUUACCCUCGGCUCCCCCCGAAGAAGACGAAAAGGGUAAUCCGAUCCAACCAGUUGGAGGGCAGAAUGACCAAAGUGGCACGCUUAUGACUCGUUAUUGUAAUUCGUUGAUGUACAAUUGCUUGCAUUAUAUGGAUACAAAUGCGGAAGAUUUAUUGACCACUGAUGCUUUGGAAGAUCUGAAUCAGAGCCAGUUGUACGAUAUCGUGACUCGAGAUACUCUACGCAUAAGCUCCGAACUGGUAUUAUUCGACGCCCUGAUGCGUUGGUGCGUCCAACAAUGCAAACGUAGCCAAUUGGAACUAACUAGUCAAAAUUAUCGUCGAGUUCUCGGCGACGAGCUCAUCUUCAGCGUGCGCUACUUGCGUUUGAGCGAAACCGAAUUCGCCUCCAGACCAAUGACCAGUGGUCUUCUGCAUGACGCCGACAUCGCCAUAAUUUUAGGCUCGAUACAAGGAUAUCGAUCAAACUACACAUCAUCAGUUUAUCUCACCACCUCAGUGCUGGAGUCAUUGGCCAGACCACGAAGCGAAGAAAUCUCAUCUCCUAUGCCAUUGAGCGAUCGUAGUCGUAGAAUAAUUGCUCGAAAUUUGAAACUCGAGGCUUCCAAGAAGAAAAAAGAGAAAAAGAAGCGGAACCGUAUGGACGAUGAUGAAGUACCUGAGAGUAAAUGUCUCAAUUAUACCUUCAGUAUAUUAUCAAUCUUGUUCGAUUAAUUAUCCUUCGAGAAGGAUUGAUUCGAGCAUAGGUUCGUAAUAUACCUACUUAUAAAUGUGUUAGUAUACCUACAUUUACAAAAUACCAAAAUAUGGUAAUUGAAAUGUUUGUUUGUUUUUUUAUUUUUUUUUUCGUUUUUUUGCGUGCCAUCUUACCUGUAUUACCUUUUUGAUGUGAUAAAUGUUUUAUAUUUUUUCCCCCUUUCCCCUAUACUACGUUGUCCUCCCUUUUUUAGCUUUAAGACAUAUGAUGUACGUGUUGUUUUUUUUUCUCAACCAGUCCUGUGCCUAGACCCUUCUCUGGACCCUCGUCUAUUGUAAUGCCUUUAUUAUGAUACCUCUAUAUUUGCGCAUGAGCUGUGGAUCUCAUAUUUUUUUCUUUCUAUUUUUGCCCUCACCCCCUAAAUAUGAAAUCAUCCGUACAAGUGCAGGUUUUAAACCAAAAAUCCCUGGAAAAAUUCAUCGUUUUGACGUUUCUUCGUGAAAUGCUCCAUUUUUUUUUUUUUAGUUUCUUAUUACAUGGCCCCUUCCUCCUUCCCAUUAGAUACCACUUUUUGCUAUUUUUAUUAAAUUAUUGCCUUCAUAUAGAGUACAACAAAUUUGGCAGGCUUCAGUUGAAUAAUAUUUAAUCUGGUAUUGUAAUUGGCUGUGUUUAACGAAACAAUAGUUUUUUUUUCAAUUCAAAUGUAAUAGUGAUGUGAUGAUCAAUUUUAUUGAUUUAAAUAUUGAAUUUUCAACCUUGUUUGCAAUUGUUUAGCAAUUUUUUCAUCUUCUCUGAUUAGAAACAAAAAUUAAUUCUUCAAAACCAGUGAAAAAUUGAGCCAAAAGUUAGUAAAAUUUUUGGGGAAAAAAUCAAGUACUUAUUCCAGUUGAAUGCAUCAGAUUCAAUUUUUUUUUUUUAAUCUCAAAGUGCCUGAAAUUUUCAAAAAAUGAACAAAAAAUAUUUUGAAGCAGCUUCCAUCUUAUUUUUUUUUUAUAAUUUUAAAUUCCACGUUUACAUCACUUUUGCAUUUCUUUCUGAAGCCCUUGAUUGCCAAAGUAUACCAUGAAAAAAAUUGCAUAAAAUUGAUCAGUUGUUUUACUCGAACUGGUUCUACUGAAGUACAUAAAUGAUCAUGUUACAGAAAACCUCGCAACAUAAAAAUCUAGAUUGUAUUAUAAUCACAAAAUUAAUUACUCUGUUAGUUAAUCAGUCACCAUGAAUAUUAUUUUGUUGUGUUUGAGUUCAUCAUUUUAUGUACCUACCAUUUUUGUAACGUAAACAAAUCAGAAUUCAGAACUUUGAGUGUUUAACAUACUUAAUAACUUUAUUAAUAUUUUACCCUUAGAAUUGAUCAUGUUUUACCUACUUAUUGGACUUAUUAUUGGAAUAAUGUGAAAAAAUUUAGAAGCCCUCGAUCAAAUUUACCCAUUGAUUUAUUUGUAUUAUUUACCUACCUACCUACCUACCUACCUAAUUUUGUGAAUUUUCCUCAUUUCCAUAAGUUCUGAGUUCUGAUCUGAAGUUCUAUAAGAACUUCUUUCACUGAAUUUUAUUAAAUGUGUUUGAAUGUUCGUCUAGUUUUAAGGGCCGUAUUUUUAUUGUUGUUGUUAAAGCGAUUGAAUACCAAUGUGAAAUUCCGAUUGAGAUGUUUUUCAAAACUUUGUUGAUGGAAUACAAUUGAAAUAUGGUUCACCAUACGUAUAUUUUAAGGUUAUUAGUGUGAGUGUGUUUUUUUUUAUUAUUAUUAUUCAUUCGAUGUAAGUUCAAAUGGACUGAUUAUUUACUCAAGAAUUGAGAAUUUUUGGAGAGAUUAUAAUAUGAUUGUAUUGACCACACUGUACUUAUUCGUAGUUUAUGGAAGAAAUUGAGGAAUUUUUGUAUAAUUUUUAAUAUUUUUUCGAUAAAUUUUCGAAAAGUAAUUGGUAAAGGUGUAUAUGGAAAUACCUAUUCAAACGAUGAUUUUAUUGAUUUUUGAUUUUCGUUUGAAAAUUGUGGCAGUUUUGAAGAUUAUAAUGAUCGGUUCAUGUUUCGAAUAUCGUUAUGUUAGAUUAUUGAAAUUAUUUUUUUGUUCCUUUAUUUUUAGUAUUUUGCUUGGAUGAACGCUUGUAAAUGAAUAAUAAAGAACUUCAAGUUCGCAAA